GACUGUUAUUGUACUGUUUGUUUUGUCAUGUUUUAUGGUGUUUUUAUUGUUAGCCGCCUAGAGUCCUGCGGGAGUGGGGCGGUUUAUAAAUUUUAAAUUAAAAAAAAAAUUAAAAAAAUUUAUAUACUUUACUGUUUACUAGACUUUAUGUAUACAUAUUGAAAAAGGUAGAAAUGUUUUAUGCAUAGUGAGUAAGAGUAGUAGAUUAUGACUAAUCGUUUACAUGUAAUGUAGUCAUACUAAUAUAGGAACAGUAUACAUUGCUUUUCUUGUAUAGUGUACCAUGAUUUAUAGAAUGAGAGAUUUUGCAGAUGAUACCAAACAAACUGGCAGUACUUUUCUCCUUCCACUUUUUUUCUUUAACAAAUUGAAGAUUACCAAAUAUGUCAUUGCAGUUUUUUAAAAUCUAAGAGAGAUUAACAAUGUGAUUAAAUAAUUGAACUUAGACCAAAGAAACCCAGGUUCAUCUCAAUCAUACUUGCAUCAUUGAAACUUGCUGGGUAACUAAUUCACUUGGAGUGUUAGUCGUGCCACUUUUAUCUGGGGAAAAUGGCAGGAUAGAAAUCUAACAAAAAAAAAAAGCAGAGAAUCUAUAAUGAAAAGAAUCUAUAAUUAAAGAUGGAGCUGCUGCCCGUGUCACAAUGGACAUAUCUCAGUUAACAUACUGCUUAAAUUAAAAAUGGAGCUAAAAUUCUCAUUCUACAAUGAUAAAACACUAUAUAGUUAGCAUGUGAGAAAUGUGGAAAAACAACACGGCAUGUUAAAGAUGAUAAAAAAAAUAAAGAAGCUUAAUCGUUUGCAGUAUUAGUACUAUAUAGAAAUCUAGGAAUGGUACAAUGUGUUAGUUGCUCAGAGUUUGAGGUCUGAGUGAUUCAUCUUCUUGAAAAUUGAGAAGGCAUAUUGUUCCUAGGCAUGAAAAGAGCAACAGAUUUAUAAUUUGAAUAUAACUGGCAGAGAUACAGAAUGUUGUUAGCUUCUUAGUGACAGAAUUCUACAAGAGAACUGCUUUGGCAGUACCUGAAACUAUGAUACGUUGUGGAAAGAUUACAAAGGGUUACUGAAGUCGGCACUCCUCUCUUUAAAAGCAAAGAAAACAGAUUCAGGAAUAUCUCAUCCCUUGGAUAAAUGAGAUGACUGUAAAUAAAGUGUAUAUAUGGUUCUAUUUGUAAUGUACAUACAGGUGUAUGUGUAUGCACAUCUGCGCGCACACACACUCCUGAUACCACAAAAGAAAUACCUGUAUAGCCGAUCCAGAGGAAAACACGAUAGUUACCUUUGAAUGUGUUAAUUGUGUCUGGGAAUGUUUCUUGUCCUGGGUUAGGACAUCCAAUUAUAUACAAUUAACACAUUCGAUAGCAAUAGCAAUAGCACUUAGACUUAUAUACCGUUUUACAGCCCUCUCUAAGCAUUUUUUUUACAGAGUCAGCAUAUUGACCCCAACAAUCUGGCUCCUCAUUUUACUGACCUUGGAAGGAUGGAAGGCUGAGUCAACCUUGAGCCGGUCAGGAUCGAACUUCUGGAGAGAGCAGUGAGUUAGCUUGCAGUGCUGCAUUCUAACCACUCUGCCACCAUGGCGCAAGGUAAUAACAAUGAGAACACCCAGAACGGAGUUCCGGCACCUUUUUUGGAUGGAACCUUGUAGGGUAGGCAAGGAAAGAGGGAAAAAAGCGAGCCUUCCAGUGUUGUUUCCUGCAAAGACCAUUCUUAUGAGUCCACUGGACAGUGUGUGUGUGUGUGUGUGUGUGUGUGGGACUCAUAGCUAAUUGGCUAAAGAAAGGCUCUGAUUGUCUGGAGGGGCUGGAAAGUGCCGCAUGCGCUUUUGAAAAGGAAGAGGGAGAAAGUGCCUGGUUUCGCUAAGCAGCUGCUGUUGGAGAUGUUUGGAGAUUACAUCAGCACUGGAAGAAAAAAGAACUGGAAAAAAAAAUUUCCAACUUCAGAGAGAGAGCGAGUGAGUGUUUAUGGAGCCCCCCCCAUUUUUCCCCUUCCAAAGAUUUUCUGACAAUACUGUUAUUGUCAAUAUAAGAGUUCUUAAUUCUGUAUGAAUAGUGCAUGGGGCCCCUUGAUUAAAUAGUGUGUUACAUGUUCCAAAUCUGUCAGCUGCACUCUUCUCUCACAUGCUAGUGAGAUCACUUGGAAUGGAACCUUAUAGGAACAGCUCCAUUUGUCAUACAUCACCAAGUGGGGCAACAUUAUAUAAUUAGAUCAUCAGAAAUAGUGAUAGUGUUAAAAAAAAAGUACAGUAUAUCAUCCAUUCCCAACUCCAGUGGCUUCUUCAUUCUAGCUUCAAUAUGGAAUCAGGCCUUUUGAUGACUGUGCUGAUUUUGAUUAUAUUAAUGCGAUUUAUUUUAUGGUCCUGCUUCAAUGUUUAUUUGGAUUACAAACUGACACAAAGAUAUCCUAAAAAAAGGAAGGACUCCUGAAAGGGUUUAUGCAUUUUCAAUGAUCCAGUGACACCUUUUUGAACUAGGUCCUAAAAGAAGAUGAAUUUUUAUUUUUAAAAUGAAUGAUUUAACAGUCUCAUUUUUUGUUAUGGUAGGAUCAAAUGCAUGUGGCAUUUUUUAAAAAAGAGUUCUAGCCUUUAAUGAGACACAAAUUGCACAUUAGUCAAAUUAAAUGAUAUUCCUUGUAAAAUAGUUCAUGAACUUCUUGCUGGAACAAAACUGUAACCAUUUGCUACUUAAUUGCUUUAGUCUAGCCAAAUGUGACUUUGUUGUUGAAAGUCUGGGCAGCCUAUCAGAGAAUUCCACAAUGUUGACAAGUUAUAUGAGAUCACUUCCUUGUUGCUGGCCAAGGUGUUGACCUACUGCUUUGGUCUUCAGUAAUGUCUGCACGUAAACAUCAGCCCGUGUCAACUUGAAUCACGAAGACCGGCACCCAUCUGAAGAAAUGAUCGCCUAUAGUUUUCAACAACCUGUUCUUUAAAGUAGCUCUUCAGAACUGUUUUUAUUAAAACAAAUUUCAAUAUUUGA